AUGGUUUCGACACAUAAUAGAGAUAAACCAUGGGAUACGGAGGAAAUAAACAAGUGGAAGAUUGAAGAGUUUAAACCUGACGAUAAUGCGUCUGGUUUGCCAUUCGCAGAAGAAUCAAGUUUUAUGACGCUAUUUCCCAAAUACAGAGAAACUUAUUUAAGAACCAUUUGGAAUGAUGUCACAAAGGCGCUAAACAGUCAUAAUAUAUCCUGCGUUUUGGAUCUUGUGGAGGGGUCUAUGACUGUUAAGACCACGAGAAAAACAUAUGAUCCUGCGAUCAUUUUGAGAGCUCGAGAUUUGAUCAAACUUCUUGCCCGCUCCGUUCCUUUUCCUCAAGCUGUGAAGAUUUUGCAGGAUGACAUGGCUUGCGAUGUGAUAAAGAUUGGGAAUACAGUGGCUAAUAAGGAGAGAUUUGUUAAAAGAAGGCAACGUCUUGUUGGACCUAAUGGUAACACUCUCAAAGCAUUAGAACUUCUCACAAAGUGCUAUAUCCUCGUACAGGGAAAUACGGUUAGUGUAAUGGGACCAUAUAAGGGCCUGAAGGAAAUACGUCGCGUGGUGGAAGAUACCAUGAGAAAUGUCCAUCCAAUUUAUCAUAUUAAAGAACUAAUGAUCAAAAGAGAAUUGGCGAAAAGACCAGAACUGGCGGAGGAAGAUUGGUCGAGGUUUUUGCCGAUGUUUAAGAAAAGAAAUGUCGCACGUAAGAAAUCAAAGAAGCCUAAGAAAGAAAAGAAGAUUUAUACUCCCUUCCCUCCUGCUCAAUUACCUAGAAAGGUUGAUCUGGAGAUUGAAAGUGGUGAAUACUUUUUGAGCAAGAAGGAAAAAGAGAUCAAAAAGUUACAUGAACGCAGAGAGAAGCAAGUUGAAAAGCAGGAAGAAAGGCAAAAAGAAAGAAAUCAAGACUAUAUUGCACCAAAAGAAAACGAAUAUAGAGGAUCUGCGAAGAUUGAAGAGUAG